CGUGUUUCACAGUCCAGGUAGAGUGACCGACCAACUCGUGCUUGAACUUCAAGACUCAUCCUUUUCUUUAACUUCACUUUGUUUUGCCGAAAAUCCCUCAAAUUUGUUGAUCCUGAGUGUUCUUGUGUGAUCUAGUGGGGGGAAAAAAACCGCAACAUCGGCGCUAAAUUCGGAAGCGCACAUCCCUUUUUUAUUUGCGCGCGCAAGGAUGCUGCCAUUGGUGCGCACUCGGAAUAAACGAUGGCUUCUGCUGCUGCUCUUUGCCACCGCCGCGAGGUGCCAAGCACCGGCGGGUCGUCCCAAGGCCAACUCCAUCAAGCCGGGUCUACUCGCGGGUGGUGGGGAUGAGCGGGGGUCCACAGCCGCCCCCGAGCGCACGGCUCACGCGCACGCAGGCACCGUUAAGAAGUUCAACAUCUUUACGCAGCAGGUGUAUCCGUGCAGCAACGACAAGGAGUGCAGCGUGGGAAGUUACUGCCACACCCCCCAGCAGCCGCCCUCGCGCUGCCUCGCCUGCCGCAGGAGGAAGAAGCGCUGCCACCGGGACGCCAUGUGCUGCCCUGGCAACCGUUGCCAUAACUUUAUUUGCACGGCUAUCUCUGAGAGUGUGAUCUCACCUCACAUCUCCGCCUUGGACAAACACAGCAAGCUCUCCUACAAAGACCAGAGCUGGAGGAAAAGCACAGGGAAAACACAUACCAAGCAUUUUCUAAAAGGCCAUGAAGGUGACCCUUGCUUGCGUACUUCAGACUGUUCCGCGGGUUACUGCUGUGCCCGCCACUUCUGGACCAAAAUCUGUAAGCCGGUGCUGCGACUGGGCGAGGUCUGCACCAAGCAGCGGAAGAAAGGCUCACACAACCUAGAGAUCUUCCAGCGCUGCGACUGCGCUAAAGGCCUCUCGUGCAAGGUGUGGAAAGACACGACCUCAUCGUCCAAGUCCAGACUGCACAUGUGCCAGAAGAUCUGAAGGAUACAACAGCCAUAGUGGGCAAUUCGAUCUGCCCGGGAAACAUACUUUCUUUUGCUGAGAAAUGAAGUGAAAAUAUAGACACGAUUGUGUGGGCGUUACUUCACGUGGAUGACAUUCAGGGACGGAGACCUUCCGGGCGGAUUAUCAUUAAUAUGAACACCCGGUGCAUUCCUCACUAUGCUGGGAAUCCCAUUUGCGCUAAAGUCCUCAUCAUUACCCGGGAAGAGUUUUCCAUGAUGAUUAACAUUCAAAAGCCGUACGUCGGUCGAGUUAGCACUGUAAACAAUUUUAAAAAGAUUGGCCUUUUGGCAGAACAGACUAGCAGUGCCGUCAUGAAAUUGCAUGAAAAUAUCACAUCACCUCUGCCUCUUCCUCCUUUUUCACAAAUCACAUCGUAAUCGUUCUCUGUUCGUGUGACGUUGUGUAAAACUGAAAACAUUAACGACUACAGCUCGACACAGACUCUAAAUACAGUUGUAAAGCAACAGAAACUGUGGUAUAAUUACCAAGUACUGUUUGCUAUACAGGCUGAAGCUGUGACAAAGAGCCCGCAUGACCUCUACCGGCUACAAAUUCUAACGUAUAGGCAAAUAUAAGUGUGCAAUUCAAUAAUCGGCCACUAGUUUCAUAGUGAUUCGUCCACGAAAUAUGCAGGAAUACAUAAAAAAGGAUCAUGUACACACCCUCAACAACAAUAACAACAACAUAAGAAGUGACUUGACUGGUCUAAUUGACAUUUUAUUUUAACCCUUCUGUUACAAUGACGCGUCAAAAUGACCCGUUUUAAAUUUUAACAUGGCUUUCAUUUGGAUGUUUACUCACGCAGGUUUAAUUUACCUGCUUUUUUCCCUAUUUUAAAAAGUCUAAUUUUUAUUUAUGAAACAUUUUAACACAUAUUUUGCAAUGAAAUUAUUAGUGGGGUUAUUUUAUAUUAGGAUAUUUAGUCAUACAGAUAAAAAUGACUCAUCUUUUUGUAAAAAAAAAAAAAAAAGUGUAUUAAACGUGUUCAGCUUGGCUUCAUGAAGGUUAGUGGCACUUGUUUAUAAUUAGAUUAGCAGGGGGUGCUGAGGAUCGUUUUUAGUGUUACCCAUCCAAAAACAGCCGUUUUGGUCCAAAUUUGUCAUGCUUGCGCGUUUUCUCCAUACAAGGCAGUACACACGCAUGCUGGAUAGUUUACAUACUACUACUAGGCUACUACAAAGACAGCAUUCUAUUUAAUCUACAGUGUGUGUUGGAGUUUUUAUACUGGAAAUAAAAGCGCCUAUGUAUUGUAAUGUAAAUCUCCGCAGCUAGUUGGCGCGAUGGCAAACACAUUUGAAAACAUAAAGAUCCAAUAAGCUUGAGUUUAACACCCACUUUUCACAACACUAAAAUAAAUUGCACACCAGUAUCCAAUGGCUCGCUGUAUGGCGUUAGAAAUAACAUACAAAAAUAUGGCUACAUAUUGAAGACAAAGGUUGAUAGAACUAUCAUCGUAAUCUUCAUUUUCAACCUCGAAUUGAAUUUUAGAAAAUUUCGCAGUUUUUGUAAAGAAAAAAAUCGCUAAUGUGUGUUAGCACCUCCUCUGUCGACAGUUGACUUUUCCGUUCCAAUAGCGCCUGAUUCAACGUGACCCGGUAAUAAGCAAGGUGUCAGGUGGUUACCAUGUUAUUAACAAAAAAACAUAUUUUUCAACAUAUAGUAUAUAUUUAAUCCCUCAAAUUAUAUACGCUAUUGUUUCAAUAUGUUUUAUUUAUUUAACUAUUUUGAACCAAAAAAAAAAAAAAUCCUACCAAAACGUUUGUUUUUUUUCUCCCCAACACCAGGGAUUGCUGCAGCCCCCCACUUCCCGCGCCACUGGGUUAAAGUUUUAAAAAUUUAGUUUGUGACACGUUUAACUCUCAUUGCCAUUGAUAGCGAUAGACGUCCGAUCCAUUAUGACUGGGAACGAAUGUUCACUUGCCCCCUUCACAGUAAAAAAUGGAUUGGACGUCUAUUGCCAUCAAUAGCAGCCAAUUAGUCUGAGCUUAAUUUUUUAAAUAAUUUUUCGACAUGGGUCGAACUGACCCGGCAAAACUAGGGUAACAGAGGGGUUAAUAAUAGUGUACCACAGUUAAUCUAAAUGAGUUUGUCACUAGUAGACGUCCAAUCCAUUUGAAGUGGGAGGGUGAAAGGUUUGUUCAUUCGCUGCCAACUCUCCCACUUCAAAUGGAUUGGGCGUCUGUCACUCUCAAUGGCAGUUAUAAGGUUGUAUAUUCAAAUGCCGGCAUUUUGCAUGACUUCCCCGUGAUUUCGUGGAUUGUAUAGAUGCAUGUUGACAAGCCACAAAUAUUCUGGGAUUAUGUCCUUUAGCUUGCUAAAUUCCAGUCUCAAAUUUUUGGCUGAACCCAUUGUGGUCACAGAACUGUACACUGUCCCUACUGUGAAAUAUGUUCUGUUAUGUUCUGGUUUACUUGAUCUGACACAGAAUCUGUGCAGGGUACAAUGAAAUCUUAAAACUAUCAGCGAUUUCCUCAAAACCAUUGACUUCACUAUAAAUUGACAAGACAGCUCCCACAGACAGUGCGUCACGCCUUCCCGUAGGGGGCCGACCCAGGCAGAACGUUGAGUUGGCUAUCACUGUGAUAAACUCAAACAUACGCUGCGCUCUAACACCGGAUUAAGGUGGAAAUUGGACGAAGGUUUUAGUGCAUACAAGCAGGCAGGAGUCUCUCAAGACUGAUUUGGUCAAGGAUUCAAGAUAAUUGUUAUAUUAAAUAGCACCAUGCAUGCACUUUGAAACGUGAAAAAAAUCAAUGAAUAACAUUAGCGUAAUUUUGGCUUGAAAUAUUUACGUAAAAUGAAUGAUAACUGCCCGUUUUUUUGCUAUUAACCAAGAAUCUAGACUUUUUUGCAUUCAUAUCUGCGAUUUAAGCAUUUAUUUACAAGAAUUUUCAACUUGAAAGCUCUUUGUUCCAUGAUGGCCGCCAUGUCGGAUUACUCAAUACCGCAACUUUUGCUCGAAAUAUUUACGUAAAAUGAACGAUAACUGCCCCUUUUUUGCUUUUAACCAUGAAUCUAGAUUGUUUUACGUUCAUAUCUAUAGAAGUUCCACAAUUUAAGCAUUUAUUUACAAGAAUUUUCAACUUAAAAAGCUCUUUGUUUCAUGAUGGCCGCCAUGUUGGAUUACUCAAUACCGUAACUUUUGCUCGAAAUAUUUACGUAAAAUGAACGAUAACUGCCCCUUUUUUGCUUUUAACCAAGAAUCUAGAUUGUUUUACGUUCAUAUCUAUAGAAGUUCCACAAUUGAAGCAUUUAUUUACACGAAUUUUCAACUUAAAAAGCUUUUCGUUUCGUGAUGGCCGCCAUGUCGGAUAACACAAUACCGUAACUUUUGUUUGAAAUACAGUAUUUAUGUAAAAGUAACAAUAACUGCCUGUUUUUUGCUUUAAACCAAGAAUCUACGCUGUUUUAGGUUCACAUAUAUAGAAAUUCCGCGAUUUAAGGAUUUAUUUACGAGAAUUUUCAACUUAAAAAGCUCUUUGCUCGGUGACGGCCGCUAUGUUGGAUUACACAAUACCACAACUUUUGCUCGAAAUAUUUACGUAAAAUGAAUGAUAACUUCCCCUUUUUUGCUUUUAACCAAGAAUGUAGAUUGUUUUACAUUCAUAUCUAUUGAAAUUCCGUAAUUUAAGCAUUUAUUUACAAGAAUUUUCGACUUAAAAAGCUCUUUGUUUCGUGAUGGCCGCCAUGUCGGAUUACACAAUACCGUAACUUUUGCUUGAAAUACAGUAUUUACGUAAAAUGAACAAUAACUACCUGUUUUUUGCUUUUACCCAAGAAUCUAGACUGGUUUACAUUCACACAUAUAUAGAAAUUCCGCGAUAUAAGCAUUUAUUCAUAAGAAUUUUGGACCUAAAAAGCUUUUUGUUUCAUGACAACCGCUAUAUUGGAUUACACAAUACUGCAACUUUUGCUCGAAAUCUUUACGUAAAAUGAAUGAUAACUGCCCGUUUUUACUUUUAACCAAGAAUCUAGACUGUUUUACGUUCAUAUCUAUAGAAAUUCCGCAAUUUCAGCAUUUAUUUACAAGAAUUUUCAACUUAAAAAGCUUUUUGUUUCGUGACAGCCGCCAUGUUGGAUUACACAAUACCGUAACUUUUGCUUGAAAUACUUACGUAAAAUGAACGAUAACUGCCCGUUUUUUGCUUUUAACCAAUAAUCUAGACUGUUUUACGUUCACAUCUAUAGAAAUUCUGCAAUUUAAGCAUUUAUUUGCAAGAAUUUUCAACUUAAAAAGCUCUUUGUUUUGUGACGGCCGCCAUGUUGGAUUACACAAUGCUGUAACUUUGUCUUGAAAUACAGUUUUUAUAGAAAAUGAACAAUAACUGCCCGUUUUUUGCUUUUAACCAAGAAUCUAGACUGUUUUACGUUCACAUACAUAGAAAUUCCGCGAUUUAAGCAUUUAUUUACAAGAAUUUUUUACCUAAAAAGCUUUUUGUUUCCUGACAGCCGCCAUGUUGGAUUUUAUAUCCCAACACAUGACAUUUAAUUUCUAUUUCUGGCAAAAACUUAUACAUGUUAAAUAUUGCUAUUGAUCCUGAAAAUAUAGGUGAUUAUCUCUGCAUUUGUGUUUUUUGUGUGUAUAGCGUAAAAUCUGAGAAUUUUAUGGCCAUUUUCAGUUUUGUUAUACUUAUAUAAAUAAUAAUUAAUCAGGAUUUUAAAAUGGAAGGACUUUGGAUUUUUUUGAUGACACUGCUCAUGGAGACAUAGAUGCCUAAGGGAGGUGCAUGUUUUUGUUUUAAGUCUCUAGUGGCUUUGGUUUUGAAAAUAUUUCAAUUUUAAGUUUUUGAAAACAGGCCCCCUACGGAUCGGCCCCACAUCUCGUUUCCCGUCAACUGAUAGUGAAGUCUAUGCUCAAAACGUACAAGAAUACAUGAAGUUAAGGAUAGCAUCACUUUGUUCAGGCCUAAAAAAUAGCUACAUUUCCGAAAGAAUUUGUUUACAAAGAAUCUGCUUACAAAUUUGGGGAUGUCGUGUAAAGCUUCCAAACCAGUACUAAUCAUCUAUUGACCACAAGUAUUCCGUCCAUUGUUGGGAUCAUUUGUAAAUGUAAUAUGACAGUUGUGUCUACGGCUCGAGUUCUGUUAUCCCGCUGAUUGAAGGCUAUGACGGGUAUUGUUGUCUUUUUCUUUUCAAAGCCAGCUGGGUCAUAUUAUGCCAGAAGAUUGAUUAGAAUGACUGCAAGUGUGUGUCAGUUUGUUUACGCUGAUGGCAGUACCCCAACCCCAAAACAGUAGUUCACAUAUUAUCUCCCUUUGUUCUGCCACUUCAUUUGUAACCAUUUCAAAAAUAGAUACAAGCGCUUAUGUUGUAAAUAGAGUGGAGGCAACAGUGACGUAUUUAAGAAACAAUGUAUAUCAUGUACAUAUAAUGAACUAUAAAGCCUAAACGCUACAAAUAAUUUAGGUGAGAAGAGUGAAGGGACCAAAUGCAAGCCGUAGAGUAGUCAAUAUCUUAGAUUGUGCAUCACAAAGAACACAAAUACUUUGUGUAAAUGCUAUGUAUAUGAUGUUAUAAGUUUAAUGUGAAUAAUGCCUAUUGAUUUAUUUUGCAUAUUUACAGCCAUGAACAAAUAAAAGAAUGUAUUUUGUA